AUGCGUUCCGCAAGACAGACAGGUGGAAUCGUGAUCGGUGAACCCAGACCUGCACCAAAACCCAUAGAGGUUAUUGGAAAAGGUAAGAAGAUUGUAACUCAAGUUCCUGAAAAAGUAUCGGAGGCAACAUGCAUUUUUGACCUCAUCAUAGAUCAAGUCAAAGCCAUUACAGCUGAAAAAUUGGAGAUUUUUGAAUCAUGGUCCUUGGAGAGACUAUCGUCCAAGUACAAUGAUACUCUUACGAAUUCUGUGAUAACCCGAGAAUGGAAGAAGUGGGUAGCCAAUGAAAAGAAAGUUUUUAAAUGGGCUAGAACUUCAGAGGUAGCUGAGGCUUUGAAGAGAAAAGAUCUCGUUGAAGCUUGCAUGUCUGGAAAAGCCCUUUUUCCAAUUCUUGAAGCCAGAAAGGCUAAUUUCAAUCCUGUUGAGAAAGGAUCUGAAGUGGAAAUGAAAGUGUUGAAGAAGCUGAACGACAUCAUGGAUGGCUACGUCUCGGUGGUCACUCGAUACGUCCAUGGCGCCAAUUGCUCUGAAGAAGAAGAACUAAUUGUUCAAGAGCCUAAACAAGCCCUUGAAACAAAUGAAGAAGAAGUUCUUGUAGAAGAUGUGAUUGAGGAGGUUGAUCAAGCUCCUCUGGAAGAAGAUGUUGUAAUAACCUCUGUUGUGAGAACAAAGGAAGCUCAAGAGAAAGUGGCCGAGGUAACUCAGCUAGAAACUAUCAGAUCUGAGGGGGAACCCUCCAAAGAGAAGGUUGUUGAAGAAGAACGUUCCCCAUCUGAGGAGAAACGUGAUCAACACACAACUUAUAAAAAGCCCCGUCUAUUUCCCGAUACCAUUAUGAGAAAUGUUCACGAAAAUAUCAACAUUCCUCUUCAUUACUCUGGAAAUUUAUAUGAGAGAUUUCAGAGAGCUGAAGAAGAACUGUUAGAGGAAGAGAAGGAUGAAGCUGCUAAGAAAUGCAAAAAGUUUCAAACAAAGGAGAAUGCAAAGGCAAAUGUUGAAAAAGAACAACCUCGACCCGCUCAAGGCGAGUCAAGUAGAAGAAAUGAUGGUGUGUCAACCAGCACUAGAUCCAGACGAGCCCCAAGCAACGAUGAUAAACCUAGGCCAACCAAGAGAGGUGGAGGUCGAAGCGGUAAUGAUCGUGGAGGAAGAAACAGUGGUGGUGUCCAUAGUAGGCUAUCCAAUGUUGAUCAAGGAGGUCGUGCCAGUGGUAAUGAUCGUGGUGGUAGAUCAAGUGGAGGUGGUCGUGGUGGUCGCGGCUAUCCUCCUUAUCUCAACAUGCUUCACGGUCAAGACAUGAGCCCAACUGAUCCUCGAGUUAAAAGGUAA